UCAUCCCCCAUCACUUCUGCUAUGUCCUGGUGCCAGAUUCUUUUUGGGAGGCAAUGUUUCUUGUCUUGACUGACAAGAGGUGCUGUCUCUGGUGUCAGCUGCGAUGCAUGUUUAAAAGGAAAUUUUCGAGGUCGACGAUUCAAGUGCUUAAUUUGCUACGAUUACGAUCUGUGUGCAACUUGUUAUGAAAGUGGUGCAACAACAACGAGGCAUACAACUGACCACCCCAUGCAGUGCAUACUAACAAGAGUAGAUUUUGAUUUGUACUAUGGUGGAGAAGCUUUCUCUGUAGAGCAGCCACAGUCUUUUACUUGUCCUUAUUGUGGAAAAAUGGGUCAUACAGAAACAACUCUUCAAGAACAUGUUACUUCUGAGCAUGCGGAAACAUCAACAGAAGUGAUUUGUCCAAUAUGUGCAGCAUUACCUGGAGGGGAUCCUAAUCACGUCACAGAUGACUUUGCAGCUCAUCUUACACUGGAACACAGAGCUCCUAGAGAUUUAUAUGAUGAAUCCAGUGGUGUUCGGCAUGUACGUCGAAUGUUUCACCCAGGUCGGGGAUUGGGGGGCCCUCGUGCACGUAGAUCAAACAUGCACUUUACUAGCAGUUCCCCUGGAGGGCUUUCAUCUUCUCAGAGUUCGUAUUCUCCAAGCAAUAGAGAAGCCAUGGAUCCUAUAGCUGAGCUUUUAUCUCAGUUAUCAGGCGUGAGGCGUUCUGCAGGAGGACAGAUCAAUUCCUCUAGCCCUUCUGCUUCUCAGUUACAGCAGCUGCAGAUGCAACUGCAGUUGGAACGACAACAUGCACAGGCAGCGAGACAACAACUGGAGACUGCACGCAAUGCAACUAGACGCACCAACACGAUCAAUGUCAACACCACUAUUACACAAUCUGCAACAACAACCAACACAUCUAACACGGAAAACAGUCAGCAGACUAUCCAGAAUUCCCAGUUUCUUCUUACAAGGUUGAACGAUCCGAAGAUGUCGGAAGCGGAGCGUCAGUCAAUGGAGAGCGAACGGGCGGACCGCAGCCUGUUUGUUCAAGAGCUUCUACUGUCCACUUUGAUGCAGGAAGAAAGUUCCUCCUCAGAUGAGGAUGAGAGGGGGGAGAUUGCCGAUUUUGGUGCUAUGGGCUGUGUAGAUAUUAUGCCUUUAGAUGUUGCUUUAGAAAACCUAAAUUUAAAAGAGAGUAAUAAAGGAAACGAGCCUCCUCCACCUCCUCUUUGAUGACAUCCCACUUUGCAGACAAUGUCCUCUGUGCUGUAUUUGCCAAUGAAAGUGGACAACAACUAUCUUGGGUUUGUUUUGGUGAUUGUAAUUUCAGGUCUGUCACUCUUGUUACGUUGUGUACAUUAAAAAGAAAGAGAGAAAAGAUAUAUAUGAUAAUCAUUUCCACUUAACUAAUUUUUACUUCUAGCAGGUAAAUGUAGGUUGCGGUGCAGAGCAAAAGGCUCUGUGUCCUGUACCUUGACAUGCAAAGGCUCUCCUAAUACUCCACAUUCAAACUGAAGAGGAAAAAAUGAAAAAUCUCUAAUGAAGCUGCUGUGUGUAUUUAUGAAUAUUAAUGAAUAAAAAAUGCUUGGAUGGUUUACCUUAA